AUGGAUACAAGUUUAGUGGGUGUUUGUUUUUUACCGAAAAAGAGAACUGGAGCUGUAGGAAAACUUACAUUGGCAUCGGCAGUAUCCGACACAAAAUCUUCAAUUUCAGAAGACGAUAAAAACAGCAAGAGUCCCAUUAUCGUCAUUGACAAUUAUGAUAGUUUCACCUACAAUCUUUGCCAGUAUUUGGGAGAGCUUGGAUGUCACUUUGAGGUUUAUCGAAAUGAUGAGUUGACUGUAGAAGAGUUGAAAAGGAAAAACCCUAGGGGGGUGCUUAUCUCCCCUGGUCCAGGAGCACCCCAAGAUUCUGGAAUAUCAUUGCAAACAGUUUUGGAACUUGGACCCAUUGUACCUUUAUUUGGUGUUUGUAUGGGGUUGCAGUGCAUUGGUGAGGCUUAUGGAGGAAAGAUAGUCCGUGCUCCCUACGGUGUUAUGCAUGGCAAAAGUUAUCUCAUGUAUUAUGAUGAGAAGGGGGAAGUGUCGCAACCCCCUUUCAAUGCUGGAAGAUAUCAUAGUCUUGUGAUUGACAAGGACAGUUUUCCCGAGGAAACACUCGAGGUUACCACUUGGACAGAAGAUGGACUGGUUAUGGCCGCUUGGCACAAAGUAUAUAAGCAUCUUCAGGGCUUACAAUUCCAUCCGGAGAGCAUCAUAACUUCCGAAGGCAAAAUAAUUGUUCGUAAUUUCAUCAAACUCGUAGAGAGAAAAGAGGCUGCUGAAUCUCGGGAUUAG